GGCGGCCAUUUUAAACUAGAUUUUUGAAGCAGGUCUGAUUUCUGAAGCCUUUUGUGUGCGAUUGCCUCACAUUUCACCCGUGAAUGUCACAGUAUCUACAAAGCUGAAGAUGGAAACCGACCAGACGUACCUUAACGGCGUCGCUGAACUCGAGGACGCCCUCCCAGAUCCCUCAGCGCCGGUCGUGCAUGUUGAGAUAUGCCAGAGUCCUUGCAGCACCCUUCGAGCCAAUGUAGUGAAAGAGCGUGUUAAAGCCGUACUACAGAGACAUAAUCAAGUAUACGGAGACCUCACCAUGACAGAGUUCGAUGACCCCUUCAUGAAGGAACACAUCAAGUCAGUGUUUAUAUGUGACACAGAUGAGAUGUCCUCUUCACACAAGAGCAAGAAGGCAUUUCACCUGUAUGAUGCCAACCUGCUGCUGCACGUGUUCCAGCUGCACGAGGGCGGGCCGGGGUCAGAGGAGGUCGACGAUGAUGAUAAUGUGUCCGCAGCCAGUCACUGGUUAAUGCCUAAUGCUGACUUUGAUGGCAUUUGGGACAGCCUAGUCUUUGACAGUGAUGUUAAGUUGGAGCUGCUGAGGUAUGCCUACACAACACUGCUGUUCUCAGACAAGGGGGUCGACUCCAACGUCAUUUCAUGGAACAGAGUUGUGCUGCUGCAUGGUCCCCCCGGCACAGGGAAGACAUCUCUGUGCAAAGCUCUUGCUCAGAAACUGUGUAUAAGGCUCUCUGACAGGUAUAGUUAUGGACAGUUUAUCGAGAUCAACAGUCACAGUCUGUUUUCUAAGUGGUUUUCUGAGAGUGGCAAACUUGUGCUGAAGAUGUUCCAGAAGAUCCAGGAACUGAUAGAUGACUCUGAUGCUCUUGUCUGUGUGCUCAUUGAUGAGGUGGAAAGCUUAACAGCUGCGAGAAAAGCCUCCCUGAACGGCACAGAGCCAUCGGAUGCCAUACGUGUAGUCAACGCACUGCUGACUCAGAUAGACCAGAUCAAGAGGAACUCCAACGUGCUGAUCCUCACCACAUCCAACGUGACAGAGGCCAUCGACCUGGCCUUCGUGGACAGGGCUGACAUCAAGAAGUACAUCGGGCCCCCCUCCCCACCCGCCAUCUUCAAGAUCUACCACUCCUGUGUCAAGGAACUGAUGAGGGCUGGAAUCAUCAGUCCUCCCCAGCAGCUACUGGACCUGAGGGCACUGGAGGUCAUGAGGUUUGCGGAGAACAAUGCCACCCAACACAGCCUGCGACUCAGGGACCUGGCACAGAGAAGUGCUGGACUGAGUGGUCGCACCCUGAGGAAACUGCCUUUCCUUGCACAUGCUCUUUUUGUUCAGACACCCACUAUUAGCCUGGAGGACUUCCUUGAGGCCCUGUCGCUGGCCGUGGAUCGGCAACAUGAGGAAAGGAAGGGCUUAAAAACUGACGAAUAAUCAAUUGGCCCAUUCAUAAUAUAGCUUUGCCCAUUCCUGUAUAGUCACUAUACUACACUCACAAUGAGUCUGGAAACUCAAAUUUAAUCAAUCAUUUCUCCAUUGUUACUUCAUCAAUUGUAUAGUGUUGUUUUGAAAGAUGAUUUAGUACCCAAUGCAAUGAUACCAAAUUUGUGUUGAUCCUAGAUUCAAAGGUUGAAUGAUGGAGCUGACUGGGUAGGACACAGUGUUUGACAUUGGCAGGCAUAUUUGCUGGGCAACGCAUGAACAAAGUCAGCUUGUUCCGCAAAUGCACCAUCAUAACAAAUGAGCUAAGAUUUAAAAGAAGAUAUACUUUAAGCUCUUCAAAGACAUAACACUGAAUGCUAAUGCUUGGAUCAUUUACAAAAUGAACAAAAUCUUUCCAAUGACAUGUAAUACAACUGUUGAAGUAUUCAAGGAGGCAUGAUCAACCAUGUUUCCAAACUUAUUGUGUUAAAUAACCUUUCACGACAUCCAUGGACCACAUACAAUGGUUCAAAAUCAACACUUUGAGCCAACUUAGUUUCCAUUUUUAAACCUAAGCUCAGAACUCUGUAUACACUGCAGCUCAUAAGCUGAGAAUAGCUUAAAUUUAUGUUAAUGGUCAAGAUAUAUAUUUGUUUCUGCCCUGUAGAUGUUUCUUUUAGAGCUAUACCAAACACAUUUUCCUCUACUUUUCAGAAUGUUAUCACCAAGGUCUAAAGGUAAAUACUAGAAAGCAUGUUACUGGUAGAUUGUGCAUAUGUACAAAAUGUAAGAAUAUGUACUAUGUGGUUAAAGUUGUUUAGCAUGUAUUUUGACAAGUUGAUAUUAAUUUGAUAUGAAAUUUGGCCCACAAGUAGAGGUUGCAGCAAGAUACUAUGAAGAUUUGUCCAUCUGUAGCAUUUGUUUCUAUAUCAUCUUUGGUCACUGUAGAUUCUUUUAUCAUAAUUCUGUCAAUAAAAUUAGUGCUUUACCUAGA